AGUUUUAACCAUGUAUAAUGGUUUUAGAAUCACAAUGGAACGUUUUAUAAAAUCUCCAAUUAUUAAUUACAUUUUGUACAUUUGUAAUGCGGUAUUUGCGGUAUUUGGAUUUGUGCUAAUAGUUGUUGGCAUUGUAAUGAUCAAAAAAAUUGGCGAUUUUACGAAAUUCCAAAAUGCUGCCGAUAUUAAAACGUUACCAACAUUAGUCAUUAUAUUAGGAUUCUUUAUUGUAGCAGUUGCCAUCCUAGGAAGUUUUGGUGUAUAUAUAGAAAAUACAAUAUUCUUAACUAUUUAUGGUGGUACAACAUUUAUAAUAUUUAUACUUCAACUUACAAUGAUUACAUGGAUUUUUGUUAACAUUAGCAAACAUCCUAAUGCAAUGAGGGAUUUAGUUUUACAGGCUUGGACCCAGAAUUAUCCUCAGUAUUAUUAUCCCAUGGAUGUUAUGCAAAUACAAUUUAACUGUUGCGGUCGUUAUGGUCCGAGCGAUUAUGGCACUAACAAGGUUCCCAAUUCGUGUUGUGGUGAAUGGAUUUUAGUCGACUGUCCGGAUAAAGUUUACUUGACAAAGCCUGGUUGUGCAAAUGAAUUUUAUGACUUUUGGGCAGGCAACAACGAUAUUAUUCGAUUUGUUGGAAUUGUUUUAGCAGUUGCUCAACUUGUUGCCAUGUUCUUUACGUUUUAUUUUGUACGAGGAUUGCGUCAAUCUAACUAUUCCUAUUAAGUAUAAAUAAACUAGUAUUUAUUAAUCCUAAGAAGGUGAAUAUGGUAAAAAAA